UUAAUCUUUUCGUCUUCUAUUGUAUAAGAGGCUAAUACAUAAACCCUAGCUCGGUUUCUUCUGCCGAGCAACAAAGCCGAAAGCUCUUUUACCUGUUUCGUGAGUAAUGGUGAAACAUAACAAUGUUGUGCCUAGUGGGCACUUCAGGAAGCACUGGCAGAACUAUGUGAAGACAUGGUUCAACCAACCUGCUCGCAAACAAAGGAGGAGAGCUGCUAGACAAAAAAAGGCUGUUAAGAUUUUCCCCAGGCCAACUGCUGGAGCCCUUUGCCCAGUUGUCCACGGGCAGACACUGAAGUACAACAUGAAAGUCAGGGCUGGUAGGGGAUUCUCUCUUGAGGAGCUUAAGGCUGCAGGUAUCCCAAAGAAACUGGCACCUACAAUUGGCAUCUCAGUUGAUCACCGCCGUAGGAACAGUUCGCUUGAGGGUCUUCAGGCUAAUGCUCAGAGGCUGAAGACUUACAAGGCCAAAUUGGUUGUCUUCCCAAGACGUGCUCGCAAAAUUAAGGCUGGUGAUUCUACUCCCGAGGAAUUGGCCACUGCAACCCAAGUCAAUGGUCCUUACCUGCCUAUUCUACGUGAGAAGGCAUCAGUGGAGCUUGUUAAGAUCACAGACGACAUGAAGUCAUUCAAGGCAUAUGAUAAGCUGCGUGUUGAGCGGAUGAACGAGCGCCAUAUUGGUGCCAGGGCAAAGAGGGCUGCUGAGGCUGAGAAGGAGGACAAAAAGUAGUGUCCAAGUCCCUCCCCCCCCCCCCCCCUCUCUGCCAAUCUCUUCACUUCACUGCACAAGCUAAAUGAGUCACUGCUCUUUUUCUCACUGCUCUUUUUCUUCUAAAUCAUCAAUUUUCGCAAUUAUACUAUUUAUUGUGUAUGAACUUCAAGAUUUUCAACUUUUAUGGAUUUGGAUACCUGUCUAUGGAUUGUGUUUUCAUAAUAUUCAUGGGUGUUCUACUCUCUUGGUUCCAUGUCAGUCUCAGUUAGCAAUUUAGACAGUAUAUAUAUAUAUAUUUUGUUUGAUUCUUAUUGGGGGAAAGAUGUGAUCCAGAGUUCUUUAACACUCUUGUUGGAUCUUCUGACCUCAAUAUAUAUAUUUCAAUGUACCUAAAUUGUACUUUCUAUAUGUGAGUAGUGGGAAUAGUCUAUUGACUUUC